GACUCAAAUUUGCAAAUCGAAAGUUGUUUUUACAACAGCGGCGAAACAAAAUAGAGGACUUAAGUUUCGUUUUCCAAAUUCCACACGUGAUAAGAGGGACGGACAACAACAUGGGCUGUGCAGCGAAGCCUAUAAAAGUGCUCGAGCUGAAAAAGUAGACUACAUCCUGGAAAUUUCAGCAGUUUCGAAAGCUUACAUCUUACGAACAGAAGAGGUACAGAAUGAACACAGAAUGGACUCCCACGCUGUGGCGUGAUACUUUCGACGAAAUGUUGGAAGAAGAAUUAGAAUACAAUGACAGCUGGAUUGUUCAGUUCAACUACAGCCUACAAGAGAAUCUCUCUAAAGAGGAGAGGAGGAGGGGAUGGAAGAUCUACUGCCACUGUGCCUACGGAAAUUUUAGGUGUGGUACCUGUUCCAAAGAUUGGUCAUCGGCCCAGGUUACUCUUCUCUUUCACUACCGCCUGCGCAGCGAGGCAGCCCGGGGGGCGGUGAUCAUGCGACCCUUCGGACAGGCAUGCCGGGGCUGCAGUGGGAACUUUCAGCUCCCAGGGUUCUCCAUGGAGGAAGUAGAGAAGGUCCUGCUCAAGCUGAUUGGCAAGAUCAAGAAGAACUGCUACGGUGAAGAGGAAGAGGACAACAGCGAUUCCUGCUCCCCUGAGAAAGUGCGGACGAAGCCGCAUGAGAGUUCGCUGUGUGAGGCCUGUAGUCAGGGGAUCUGCUGUGUGGAAGACUAGUUUCCACAGAGCCUAGUCUAGGAACUGGGAAAGGAAACAUUAUGAUUACCUCAGGAGCCCCAGCAGGCAACAUGAGGUGCUCAACUGGUUACCUGAGAC